CACGCAGAAUUUGCGGUUUCGCUCCAAAUUUUUUCAAUUUUUCUGACAAACAAAUUUUUCAAAAUCGGAACAAUGAGCGACGUCCUGCAAAGUGCGACCGACGGAGUUGCAAACAUCUCGAAGUCCGACGAUGUGACCAAGAGAUUGCUGGCGCUGAUAGAUCGAUGCGAUUAUCAGCUCGUGCAGGAGAACGGACAGCGAAGAUUGACCAGCGCGAGUUCGGUGCCGCGGAUCAAAGGUGCGGAAGUAUUCCUGGGCCGGCUUCCGCGGGAUUGUUACGAGGACGAACUGGUGCCGCUACUUUCGACGAUUGGACGGGUCGUCGAGCUCCGUCUUAUGAUGGAUUUUUCCGGAUCGACUCGCGGCUACGCCUUCGCCCUUUUCGAAAACCAACGGAUCGCGCGUUCGGCCAUCGAGAAAUUAAACGGCUACGAAAUACGGCCCGGACAUCGUAUCGGCGUCGUUAAAUCGAUCGACAACUGCAGGCUCUUCCUCGGCGGUGUUCCCAAGGACAAAACUAGAGCCGAUUUCAUGGAGGAACUCGGCAAAAUGCUCGACGGUAUCACCAACAUUUACGUCUAUCCCUCGACCGAGGACAAGGCGCUUAAUCGCGGCUUCGUCUUCGUCGAAUUCAAGGAUCACAGGUCCGCCGCGAUGGCCCGACGGAAACUUAUUCCGGGAAGAGUCAUGCUUUGGAAUCACGAAGUCGCUGUCGAUUGGGCUGAUCCCGAACCCGGCCAAGACGUCGACGACGAAAUCAUGGAAACGGUGUCCGCGUUGUUCGUGAGAAACUUGAACCUCGACACUACAGAGUCCGAGGUGAAAAACACGAUCCAGCGUUCGACAGGCGUUCCGAUAAUGAAGAUUAAGAAAAUCAAUCACUUCGCGUUUCUCCACUACGAAACUCGAUCACAAGCUCAACGUGUACUCGAUAUAAUGAGACAGCCUGGACGUCCCUUGAGCGAAACAUCGGAGUGGGAAUUAGCUUGGGCAAAGCCGAUACGCAAGUCGGAGAAGCUUGAGGAACGGUUGCGUUGUGCGAAGAACGGAGGGAGUAAAGCGGCAAGCCCCGGAGGUUCGGAAUUUUCGGCUCGAAAAAUACAGGCUGCGAAUUGUAACGAGAAAAACUUGGCCCUCGAUGACUCCGGCAAAAGGAUAUCCGUUGUAACGACCAAGAGUACCAAGAUCACCGAUUCGAAACCGCCUCCCAGUCACUCGUACUGCAACGCAAUGAUGAACAACGACAUGCCGUCGGGUAACGUAGUCGUCCCGUGCCUCGAGAGCUGCUGCAAUCCGUACUAUCGGCCUUUUCUUACCGACCGCAACACGGUUCCGCUGCGGUAUAACGUCGUAAACUACGAUCUCUGUGCGAAAGCCCUGGUCGAACUUGCUGCUAAGGAGUUUCAGGCGAAUCUGCGCUACGAGUGUUUUGCCGACUCGACGAAAGCCCAUUACUUUUGCAAGAUUAUACUCGAAAGAAAUGGAUACGAAUUGAUGAACUACAAAGGCGAUCCCGCGGCAACGGCAGAACAGGCAUUUCGGUUCACGGUGAGAGCUGCCUACGAGUCGCUACAGUCAAUGCUGAUAUAUGCGACGGAGUACAAUAACUGA